AUGUUGGUGUGCUCGGUGCUUGUCCUUCCACACACCCCACACGUCACCGAGCAAUACUUGUGCGCAUUUCUUCUUCUUCUCCUUGUUGCCGUCUUUCUUGAUUUCACACUCUCUCCCCAGCCAGCACCAACAAACAAACAAGACACAAAACCAGCCAAACAUCGAAACCAGCACACCUGCCUGUCUGUGUGUAUCUUUGAUCGAGUGUCCACUUCCUCCCUUUUGUUUGCGUGUUUGCGACUCGACCUUCCUACUCGUCUCAGCUCACAUUCUGGCUCUCGCCCCGGGUCUCUCCUCCCCAUUUACGUUUGUUUGUAA